AUGAAAAGUAUAUUUGUAGUAUUUCAGCUUGUAAAGGUUAUUUCUGGAUUUACAAUCUUUACAAAGGAUGGACAGAGGAAACAUUUAGUAAAGGGGGGAAUAUGGCGUAGUCCAGAUUACAACCUAGACUAUCAACUAGCAGCCAUGUCUGCAUCUGGAACACCGGUUGAAUUUAAGACCGAAAACUUAUCCUCUGGAAUCAAGGUCAUAAAAGUAAGUGGAUCCAACGAUGUUCUAGACCUCCAUAAUCCAAGAAGUGGGCAAUCAAAACUUAUUUUUCAUGGGCGGAAUAAUGGAAGCACGCAGAAGUUCAGUAUUGAAGGAAGUGAAGGCACCGGUUUUACCAUUAAGAAUGGCACCAAAUGCUUGGAGUAUGAUGCCAGUGGAAAUAUAUAUGGAACCACUUGCUCAUCAAGCGCCCAACAGACAUUUGAUAUUGUCUAUUCACCCGACGAUCCCGAGUAUAAGCCUCCUUCUCCAGUUGCUGAAGUAAAGGCUUCGAGUGCAGAAGAUAUUAUUGCCGAGCUCAAUGCCGGAAAUCCAAAUCCUCAGGCUCCCCAAAUAUUCAUAUUCAACGAAAAGUCCGAGAAAAAGCGAAAGAAUAGCCAUUCAUCCGAUUCUGACUCUAAUUCCGAUUUUUCUCCAAGAAGAAGGCAUCACCACCAUCACUACUCUCUCCAUGAAUCGCCAUAUUUCACCUAUUAG